CGUAAUGUUCCAUCAGAUAGCAAUGAUAUCUUAGAAAAACAUGGCACAGGAUCAACCAGAAAUUGGAGUGUUGCUUUGGCAAAUAGUUUCCCCUUUCCUGAUUUUAGUUGGGACAUUUGGAAAUGUGUUGUCUAUAGCAAUACUUAAUCAAAAAAGGUUCCAGAAGCAGCCGUCGACGACGCUUCUCCUUGGACUUUCCGUGGCAGAUCUGUGUAUGCUGUAUGUUGGACUUUUACGGCAGUGGGUCAAGUAUGUGUUUGCCGUGGAUUUUAGGGACAUUUCGGAGAUAACUUGCAAAAUCCAUGGAUGGCUAAUUUAUGUUAUUGCCGAUUGCACUGUUUGGAUUCUUGUUGCCGUGACAACUGAAAGAAUUAUUGUCACGCUUAGACCGUUCAGCAGUAAGCGGAUCUGUACAAAGAACUUGUCAAUUAUUUCGUUGAUAACGAUUGUCAUUAGUGCAAUGGUUAUUAAUUUGCAUGUAUUAAUUGGGUAUGAGCUAACAGAGAAUGCAAUAUCAAACCUUACAAACACCACAGUUAUAUGCGGAGCACGCGCUGGAGCUUACGAGAAUUUCUUUGACAAUAUUUGGUCUUGGAUUGACCUUUGUAAAUUUUCUAUAAUUCCGUUCAUUGUUUUAUCUAGUGGCAAUAUAUGCAUUGUAUAUAAACUGAUGCAAAGUAAGAAAAGAGUUAGCAGUCAGAUUACACCAGGAACUACUCAAAACGCAAAUCAAAACAACAAAACAUCAAGUCUCACAUUGUUAUUGCUGACCUUGAAUGCUGUGUUCAUAGUGUGCACUCUACCAAUAUGUAUAUAUCUCAUUGGACGUCCAUAUUGGUUACCUAAGGACCACCCUGAUGACUUAAGACUCAAGGAUCCAUGGUGGGCGGUUGUGAAUCUACUCAUGUAUACAAACAACACCUGCAACUUCCUGCUGUAUUGCCUCAUGGGAAGUAGAUUUCGUGAUGAAGCCAAGAACAUCAUGAACACCCUUCGGACAUCGAUAUUUAGAGUGAAAUUGGCCAGAACACAGACAGGAAGUGAAUCUCCGACAAUUGCCCACAGACAUAGUCUUACGGAAUUUUAA